AUGUUGUCUCCUUCCGCUGUUGCCCCUUCCUUAGAUAAAUUAGGAAUUGGGGAAAUCUUUGCACAAGCACCAGAAAGACCCAGUCAGAGGGACCUUUCGUCAAACGAGGGUGAAUGUUUAUUAGACACUCUACAGAGAGCUGCGACAGGCUCGGCCGGUAUUACAUUCUAUAAGACAAAUGGCUCUACAGAAAUGGUCUCAGAGCGAGUAACCUAUCGAGAGUUGCUUGAUCAGGCCUGGCGUGACGCUGUAUGUCUGCAGAUGCUCAGAGAGGAUUGCCAAGAGCAUACAGUUUUCUUAUUACAUUUUGAUACACACGAGGAGAACAUCCGCUGGUUUUGGGCUGUGACGGCAGCUGGCUACUUGCCCUGUAUUGUCCCAAAAUUUGCUUCUUCCGACCAACGACGAAUUUCCCAAGCAGAACACAUCCUGCGAUUACUCGACGGACCGAUAAUUCUUACCAAUAGCCGUAUGUCAUGUGCCUUUUCGGGUGUCAAAGCACCAAAUCUCUACCUCGCGGACGACCUUACGUCCAAUGGCCAAUCUUCGAGCAUGGCUCUUGCACCACUCGCACGAAAUCAGCCAAAUCAUGACUUAGGAGCUCUAAUGCUUACCUCCGGUAGCACAGGAUUCUCCAAGGCUGUCUGCUUGCGCCAAUCACAAAUGCUAGCAGCAGUGGCUGGUAAGGCAGCGCACUGUCGAUCCACACCCCAGGAUGUCUUUAUGAGCUGGAUUGCGCUGGAUCAUGUAGUCAAUCUUGUUGAGAUGCAUCUCCAUGCCAUGCAAUUGGGCGCAGAGCAAGUGCAGGUAUCUACCCAGGAGGUACUGAAAGAUCCACUUCUGUUUCUUGAGUUAGUUGACAGGCACCGCGUGUCUCUCAGUUUUGCUCCUAAUUUCUUCUUGGCGCUGUUAUCUGAUCGUGUUUGUGAGUCGGACUUUGGGAAUGAGGCGCCCGCUUGGGAUUUGUCAUGCCUACGCUGCGUAUUUUCUGGCGGAGAAGCCACUGUACGUCAGAUGGCAGCGGAUAUUUCUCGUGACCUUCAACGUUUUGGAGCCCAGCCAUUCAUUCGUGCUGGUUAUGGGUUGACGGAGUCCUGUGCUGGCAUGAUCUGGGAUGUGAUUGAUCAUACUGUUGACGAGCUCUACAAUACCCCGGGCGAGUUCCUCACCUGCGGUCUACCCAUUUCUGGGGUACAGAUGCGCGUUAUUAGCGAUGUUAGUGGGAAAGAAGCAAAGCCAUGUGAAGAGGGUGUUUUGCAGCUGCGUGGGCCUGUGAUGUUCCGGGAAUACUAUCGCGAUCCGUCAGCCACAAGCGCGGCUUUCACAAACGAUGGCUGGUUCAUUACAGGGGACAAUUCCUACCUGGAUGACAAAGGACAACUUUAUAUAACUGGACGAACCAAGGACACAUUGCUGAUAAAUGGACUUACAAUUUUUUCUGUCGAGGUUGAGCACAGCAUUGAACAAGCACUCAUUCCGGGUGUCACGCCGAGCUAUACUUUGGUCUUCGCCCACCGACCCGCUGGGGCUGUGACUGAAUCUUAUUGCGUCAUCUACCUACCCAGUUACAAUCCAGAUGACAGCGAAGCAAGGGUACAAACUACGGAUGCCAUCGAGCGCAUUGCCAGUCUAGUGGUACAUGUCAAACCGGCAGCAAUACUACCCAUUUCCCGCAGCUACUUCGAGAAGUCUUCUCUAGGGAAGUUAUCUCGUGCUCAUUACAAGCGUCUGUUUGAGAAUGGAACACUUGACCAAGAAAAAAACUUCCAUGUAUCUCGUCUCCAGGCAUAUCGUCAAGCCCAUCGCCAGCCGCCGUCGUCUCCCAUUGAAGAAAAGAUCUUAGAUUUGGUAUGCGCUCGCCUGGCUUUAGAGCCCAGCGAGGUCAGUGUCACAUCGAACCUAUUCCAGCUAGGUCUCUCCUCUCUCGACUUCUACACAACUACACAAGAUCUUCACCGCACGUUUGAUUGCCAUAUCACUCUUCCAGAUCUUCUUGCCGACCCUUCCAUCUCCGGCCUUGCAUACCGUGUUUCAAAUCGCGCCAGCCAUACCAGCACCGAAUAUAAUCCAAUCAUACCUCUCCAACCACAUGGCUCAAAGACGCCCCUCUGGCUCGUUCAUCCAGCUUCUGGUAAUGUUCUCAUUUUCACGGCUCUCGCGCGCGCCUUUCACGACCGACCCGUCUACGCGUUCCGUGCUCGUGGUACCCAACCAGGCGAGCCCUUAUUUACCAGUAUAAGCGAGAUGGCUGAUACAUACGCUGCCGCUCUUCUUGAAAAGCAGCCGAAGGGCCCAUAUGCUCUCGCUGGAUACUCUCUCGGUAGUAGCAUUGCGUUCGAGGUCGUGAAACGCCUUGAAGCUACUGGGGCAGAGGUCCGCUUCUUUGGAACAUUAGAUGGACCGCCCGAUGUUGCCACGUUAGUGGGCAAGCUCACAUGGACAGAAGCCUUGGUCAUGAUAGGCUACUUCUAUGAAUUGAUUUCAGAGCAGAGAUGUAUACAGCUGAUGCCAGAGCUGCGAGAUCAAGACACUGGUGCCGCUUUGGAUAUUGUUCUUGGUGAGGCUGACCCACAUAGAGUUAAGGUCUUAGGUCUGGAGAGGUCCGAGUUAAUCCAUGUAACGGAUGUUACUCAUGGAUUCUGCCAUGCAGCCGGCAAGUGGGCAGCUAGUGGAUAUGUGCAAUGCGCUGUCGAUAUUUUUGCGGUGGAGCCAUUGUUGACAGUCACAAAUCAGAAGGAUGUGUGGAUUAAUGAUUAUCUUGGACAGUGGCAAGCGUUGAGCACGCGCGGUAUGGAUGUACAUUUGUGUGAAGGACGCCAUGCAGAUAUGCUAGGGCCUAAAUUUGUGAAUUCUUUAGCAUUGAUUUUGAGGAGAGUAUUAUCUGAGAGGGGAGUUUAG